AUGAAAAAGAAACACCAAUGCAGAAUGGGUGAUAUAUUCUCUCUUCCAAAUGAAUUGCUUAUGCUCCUUCUGGGGCAUAUGGAUGGUAAUGAUGUAAGAUCGUUUGGAAACACUUGCAGGCGCUUCAGGAGUUUCAUACUUUCCAAUAAACUGAAGUUACCUAAACCUGAAUUGAAAUGGUAUACCGCUCAACUCGCUUUCGGUCGAAGGAUAACUCUUGUACGGCAGCGUAGCUUUCUUCAACAACGGAAGCGAAAGCGGCUUUCAGAUGGAAAUGGAUUGGAAAAGUGGGAAUUCACGGAAGAAGAAUUCUCAGCAAAGUUUGCCAGUCUCUUCCUUAUGAUGGCUCCGCAGGAAAUGUACAUAAAAUGUAAAGAUUUUGAUCAAAAUGUCGAGGCACUUGUUAAGAAAUGUGUUGGAACAUUACGAAGCAGUACCCUAGCUUUGGAAAUGGAUAAGUGUUCGUUGGACGAGUGCGCUCUGGGUGAUUUUUUCAAGCACUACUCACCGUUCAGUCUACAUUUAGCCGGCCAUUUCGACAGGAGUAUAAUAUCUGAUGAGAACUUGCCUCUUUCCUCUCUAUUCGCUUUAUUCAUUGGGGCAAACCGCGCUGAUAUGGAGACUUGCACCAGGGUUUCUGGAAUCACCGUUCGGAAAAUCGUGAAUAACUGGUUCAAGCGCUAUCCCGACAGCACUAAAGACAAGCCAAGUUUACCGCCUAUCGAUGGGUAUCUCUCCAAAACCUUUUCUAUUGAAAUACCUGACUGUGAUAUGGAUUACAAUGAGUUCUUCGCUUUUCUUCGGGAGAUAAUUCUUGUACCACAUGGUACCAAGGAAAGAAUUAAGAUCGGAAAACUUCCUAAAACAUUGAUUCACACCAUUUACAGCAAUUUGACAACAUUUAAUGAAAUCGGUCCAGCGGUGUGGGUUGAACAAGGCCUUUGCAGUGUGGACGAUAUAAAAUGGUAA